AUGUGUGUACCACUGGGCUCGCCCCUCGAUGGGUACUUCUCACCCUUUAGCCUUGAUGAACCAUCCGAGAAACUCUUUAAACGAAACGGUAGCCUCGAAACAAUUGCUCCGAUCAUUAACGUCGCUAAAGAGGCCCUUAAUCAACCGAUCCCGACAAACAAGUGGUGGGGGAAUCUAAUUCACGUCAAUCCGAAGGACCUCUCCGAAAACUACCCGGUAUGGGCUCAGCCGUACGCAAUGAUACUGAAGAAAGCACGACCGUUUGGUCUGAUGGCCUACUACCCCUUCACGUAUCGUGAAAUUGCACCGAAGGUUGAUGGCGUCGUUAAAUACUACGAACAUGGCAUUCACAAUGACCUGACGCUCUCAGCGCAAGAGUUCAACGUGACGAAGCCCGUGUACGAAAUAUAUUCCUGGGAUGACAUAGGCAUUAACCUCCGAAUUUGUGACCCUAGUACCAAGAAGUGCAUGGAUUCAGCACUUUUGAGCGGCAUGGCUUUUAUUUCAGGUAAAUAUGACGGUCUCACCCCACGCAUCGACACGGAACACAACAUCACCUCUGUGGACAACUCGACACCAGGUAAAUAUGUCAUCCACCUCAACAACACCCAGAAGUGGGUGCUGUACGCCAGCGAGAGCAUCUCGUUCCGCGUGGAGGAGUCGGUGAUGUUUUCGGUGGACGAGUCGGGCUCGUCGCUCGUCGCGGACGGAGGGUACCAUGGCACGAUUCGACUAGCAGUACUUCCAGAGGGCGCCGACGACACAGUUUACGAUAAGUACGCACCUUGUUUGGUACGCGGUGGCACUGUUUCGAUGGAGUCGCGCACUGCUUACUCGAUAAACUGGGAUGUUGAAGGGAGCACGUGUGAAUCGGUGGGUCUGCUGCACUUUGCACUGCCACAUCAAGUAGCCUCACUGACUGGGUCUCCUACGACAGCUAAUACCCCUGGUGCUAUUGCGCUACACUCGACCACAAGGGGUCUAAUGGUUGCUCAAGUGUCGAACAAAUGGUGUUUUGUGGAGCCUGUGUCGGAAAUCGAGAUCGAUUUCUGGCCAGCUCGGAGGCCGACGCCCAUGGUUGUCGAGGAAUUUGACAUGCUUCGUACGCUGAAAGACGACAUCACCGCUAACUGGUCCAUGAAUGCUUCGAGCUGGUACUUUAACGGUAAGAAUUUCCAAAAGUAUGCGUCGUUAUGUCUCAUGGCUGCUGACAGCUCAGUGGUGGGUCCGGACACGACGUUGCUGACUUUUUGUAUGGAGAAGCUAGAGAAGUUGAUCAACGGCUCGAUCAACACCUCUGAACAACACCUUAAUUCCCCCUCUUGUUUACGAAACGUUGUACCGAGGGAUUGUGUCCAGAGCAAUUUUUGA